AUGCUCCUAACCGGCAACCCAAAUCAACGAUAUAAGAAGAAGCCUCACAGCCAGUCGAAGUCUGCGUCGCGUCAGUAUUUCUCGGCAUUCUGCGGUCAUGGCCUUACCUCUCCGCUCAGCGGUCGUCGCAUGUCUGUUCCUGUCAUCCUGGAAACUUGGUUCAUCAGGAUCGCCGCGGAGCCUGCAACAAACGUCGCGAACAUAUCGCAGCAGACGAGGCCGACAGUUUUAUAUGGUACUCGGCGCUUUGAGGGAGUCAUAUCCCCCGUCUCGAGCCAAACAUAUUUCGAUCCGCCGCAAUCUACUCACUUUGUCGAUGUUGCCCCCACUGCUUCAGGCUGCACUGUCGUCGCCCUUGUUGCCCCGCGCUUUGGCAGAGAUCGGUCCAGCUGUGGAAAGGAAAGCUGCGUCUUCUGUGUCGCUACAGACAUGUUAUCUCUACUUGUCUGCGUUUCGUGGACUAUCUUGUCAACUAGCCACUGUCUUUCGAUUGCUGAUGGAAGGAAAUCAACUUCUCGUUUCGUCCACGAUGCCCGGCCCAACAGAAUCGCGAAGAGGCCCUGUCCUGACAGCCCUAGCGCUAGAAGCAAGGUCGACAGCGAGUUUUCGAUCAUCUUUGAAGUAAUAAGCGUUUUCUUUGAUGUCUGA